AUGAGACCUGCUACUAUUGAGGAAACUUAUCAGCUAGCAGCCGAGAUCAACGACAAACGAGUCUUGGUUGGAGCUUUCAAAACCUCAACCAAGAGUCUCAAUCAAGCAACCGCAACUCCCAGCACCGACAAUGCAGCAUCUGAAGGCCCACGCCAGCAAACUGCUCAAGCUCUUCCAACACCACCAGUUCAACCUCUUGCUAUUCAGGGUAACCCAGCAGUUCCAGCACCGGUUGCUAAUGCUCGAACCUGCUACACUUGUGGUGACCCUAAUCAUUUUGCUAAUAUCUGCCCGCACCGCGUUGUGAAAAAAGAACCACAGCAACAGCAACCACCGCAGCAACAGCAUCCUCAGCAGCAGCAGCAGUAG